AUGAUAUCCCUCGUACCUCAGCCUUCAAGACCGGCACCGGAUCCCUUAGCUUCUAUCAAAACCAUCCGCUGCUCCUCUCCCCAAGCGGCCCGUCCCCGUGCCAUCACAUCCUCCUCCUGCAUCCCUUCAUCAAUGCAGAGGAAUCUCACCACUGAGGUCACGAUAAGACCUCUCCCGUCUCAGAUCAUGGCUCCAGCCAUGAUUGACUGCCUGUCGGUCAGGACAGAUGCCAACGUCAAGGCUACUGCAACUGACAUAAUCACGCCGCCGUCGUCUCCCAGGAGGUUGAGCAAUGCCGCAGAGGCAGAGGCAAAGCAGGCCGCGCCACCACCCUCCGGCGCCGGCAUGCACCUUAGGCUGCCGGAUAUGUUUGCCUCUUUAAUGAGCAUCCGUCCGCCGAUAAACCCCAACUACAAAAAGGUCAAGGCUGAGGCUGAGGAAUGGACUGCCAGAAUCCUCAACCUUACUCCCCGCCAAGCCCUCCGCAACUCCAAAGCAGACUUCACCUUUCUGGUGUCGUGGUGGGCACCCAACGCGGACGCCGACGCCGUCCGCACCAUGGUCGACUGGCAGCACUGGGCCUUCCCGUGGGACGACCAGUUCGACGAGGGCCACCUCAAGCUGGACCUGCCGGGCGCCGCCGCCGAGGUGGUCAACAUGACGUCGCUGCUCGACGACACGCACCCGCCGCUGGUCCUCGGCCAGCCCGGCACCGACCCGAUCCAGUACGCCUUCCAGCAGAACUGGUACCGGAUACGGAGCCGCGCCGGCCCGGCCCUGAGGCACAGGUACAAGAUGUACCUGAAGCACUACAUGCUCGGCGUGUUGGGCCAGGUCGGGUCCAGGUCCAGGGAUCCCAGGUCCUUGUCGGUGGAUGAGUACCUGGCUUUCAGGCGGGGUACCAUCGGUGUCAUGCCCUGCCUGUGUCUGGUCGAGUACGCAGAGGGCAUCGAGCUGCCGCAGUACGUUGUUGAUCACCCGUCUGUCAAGGCGUGUCAGCAGGUGGCUGUGGAUCUGGUGCUGCUGGAUAACGAUAUCCUGUCGUACAGGAAGGAUUUGAUCGAAGGCGAGGAGCUCAACCUCAUCAACAUCCUCCGCUUCUCCAAGGGCCUGACCCUCCAGGAGGCCGUGGACGAGAUGGGCCACAUGAUCACUGAGCGCUACAGGAUCUGGUACCGCGCACUGGCAGACAUGCCCAGCUGGGGUUACAAGCUCGACGCCGAGGUGCUGCGUUACCUCGACGGAUGCAGGCGUGUCGCGCUGGGCAGCCUGAUUUGGAGGUAUGGCGAUUUUCCCUCCUUUAUCCUUGACCCCAAAAUCCAGAAUGAUCAAGUACUGACGGUUGCCGUGAUCAUCAACAGCUUCCACACCGGUCGCUACUUCAAGGACGCCGAGGGCGAGCUCGUCCGCGAGGAGCAAAAGCUCUGGAUCCCCGAGGAGCUGCUCGCUGGCAUCGACGGCAGGCCAGCGAGGAUUCCGUCGGAGCCGCUACCUGAGCCGGUCUCGACGUAG